AUGUUCCAGAUCAAAACGACUAUCGGAAAGAAAAGCCUCAUUCUUGAAGAGAUGAAAGACGGUCACUCCAAGUUUAAGAUCACUCUUAUCGAAAACGGCGAAACGAAAAUGGAAAAAGAAGCGACGCUGGAAAUACCCGAAUUUAUGAACAAGAAGGACUAUCUGUCAGAGGUUGGUCAACGCCUUCUGAGGGAUUUGCGCGAAGAUGCGGACGCGGUCAGUGCCGUGACUCACGUCGAAGUAGAGGUUGUUGAAGACGUCACUAACAUUCUCAAAACAUACGUGAUUGGCGAACGAGCCGAGGAUUACCUGGAAGAAGAAACACCACAAGCACUCCACUACGAAGAGACAGCCGACAGAACCCCGUCACCCAUUCAGCAGCAGAAGGUGGAGAAGAUCUACGUGGAUACACUCAAGCGUGAAGAAGAGCAAUGGCGUGAGCCAGAAAAGGCUGAGAUCAAACUGAUGCAAGAUGGCUAUCAUUUCGAGGGAGAAGGUGCCCUGAAGAGAACUCGUCGUCUGGAGACCGAUGACUCGCUGGAGGUUGUGGCGAAGGCUAGAUGUGCCAACGCAUUCGCCGACUGCGAUUUAAUUCGAAGAGAAGACAGCUCGAACUUUACCGUUCAUAUUGCCGUUCCUUUGAUACAAGCAAUAUCAAUGAUUCUGACUAGGGGACGUGCCCAGCGACGUCAACAAGAGUUCUCAAAAGCGUUUGCUAUGGAGCAGGCCGGACAAUUCUUUGAGGAGGAGUCCUCACUACGACGUCUUCCAACGACGAGUAGAGAGCAGGAAGCUGUUCUCCAAAAAGCAACAGUAAACGAAGUUACCAUGGAGAAGGAAAGAAAGUUAAGGGAAACAGAAGCUGAAGGCGGUAGCUAUGAAAUGGAACAGCAAGGCCUGAAGUUGGUUGGCGAGGCGGUGAUCAAACGUCGUGGAAGGGCUUUCGAUUCUGAAUCCUCCGAAGAGGAUUCCGCCUGUGAAGAAGAUCAUUAUGCAGGAACGUGA